UACAAGUGACGAAUGAAGCGAAACGCACGCCGUGGUUCGAACGUUCCAGGGGUUUCCUGUCGGGUGUAAUAUGAUGCAUUCGUUCACCAAGCGCUUGUCGGCACACGAUUAACAAGGCCCAGUACAAGGCCCAUUCGCUACAUACAUUGGGCUGCUGCUCGUAGUAGUACGGAGAAGAUCAAGCCUGCGCUGCAAACAAAUUAUUUAAAACAAUAAAAACACGCAUCCCCGGCAACUGAUAAGCCACCGGCGAGGUACGGUUUGCCGGUACUAUUAUCGUACCAACACUGCACAAGAACAAAGUGACAACAUCGAGCCGAAAUUACCGUUCGCUUGAUUAUGAUGCUGAACAGUGCUGGAUGAAUAAUCAACGUGUAGCAGUGUGCACAGCAUCCGAGCCUUCCCAACAAUGUCGCUAGGGAUUUAAACCAGCGUGUCCGAACGUGUGCAGGUGAAGAGGAAGUAUGUGCGUGUGUGUGUUGGUGUUGGGCCCUUUCGCCUUUUACAAAACACGAGCAAGUUCAACCGAGCGAAGAAAUCUCAAGAAGCGACCACGAUAGAGAACGUAUAGCGCUGGGCCACCGUAUUACUGAUAAGAGGCCAUCGUCGGCGGUGGUCAUAAUCGUGCAUUAAGCGUGUGGGCAAAUAUGUGCUUGGCCAUCAGCGCGAAGAAACACCGCUAGUGAUCGUGUGCGUACAACCGGGUGAUGAAUAGACGGUGUAAUCGACCGCGCGCGCCCUAGCGUCACUCUCGCUCGCACGAUCAUCGACCAGUAUCAUCAGCGAUCGGUUUAGCGAUGCAACAGCAGUGCAAAUAAUAGCCCGUACUCGAUGUCCGGUGAUGCCAUUACAAUACCCCAACCGGUCAAGAAAGGAUAGUGUGUGCGCUGGGAGAACCGUCUAGCAGCUUCUUGCUAAGAAUCCGCCCGUGAAAACGUUCCGGUUCGCCAGACCCGUGAUCGUGCGUGAUCGUUUCGACACUGUCCGCGGAGGAGACCGUGAACUUCCCUAAUCGGUUUUCCACCACCACACGUAUUGUUUUAGGUGCGUUCCAUUGUUUGACGUACCACAGGCGCGUGCGUUCAUUAUCUGUUCAGCCCAUCAUUGCCCGGGUGCAGUUUGUCAACGUCCCUGGCGGUAUCGUUGCUUCCCGGUGGAAAUCUUUUCACACCUAGCGUGCGUGUGUGUGUGCUUUGAGUUUGUUCUCGAGUGAGCCAGGUUCGGUUGUGCCAAUGUUACUAACGCAGCUGGAGAUUGCAGUCGGAAAUCCAACGCUCAAGCGGAAGUAUAGUGGGGACUACGGUGCGCUAAAGAAAAAAAUGGAAGCCAUCAACUGGAACAAAAUCAUGUACAUCGCACAGGAGGAAAAGCUUCUAUACUUUGAUCAGAAAACGUACCGACUUCCGGAAGCGAUCGUGACGAUGUACGCCGACCGGGUACAACAUCUCGACCUUAGCCACAACAAACUGUCGUCCUUCGAUGCACUGGAACGGUUCCCACUGCUGGUGGAGCUCGUACUGGACAACAACUACCUAACGGAUGAGAUUAUCUUCCCCGCGCAGCUGAACAAUGUGAAGUUGCUCUCGUUGAACAACAACAAGUUUAAAAAUUUGGAUCUAUUGCUCACGAAGCUUUCGCUCUGCUUUCCGGAACUGGAAUAUCUCAGUCUGCUGGGCAAUCCCGCCUGUCCGUGCCAUCUGCUGAACCUGAAGUAUACGGAAUACGACUAUCAGAAAUAUAGACUGUACAUCAUCCGACACCUUCCGAAACUUCGCAUUCUGGACGGCCAGAGAGUAAAGAAGAUGGAACGAGAUUUCGUACGCUGCCAGUUGGAGAACUACGGUGAAACGCUAGACCACGACCCGAAUACCGUUUCCGGGACGGCAAAACAGCAGCAAACGAUCCGGAAGAGCAACACGCUGAAGCAUUUGUACACGACCGUCAGCAGUGGGUUGGGACUGCGCCGAAAAACGAUGCCCGUGUACAGCCCGCUGCCGGAAACGUUGCGCGAGGUCGGUGAUCAUCGGGGCGCGUACGGGCGAUGCCGUUACCGGUACGUUGGCGCACAAUCCGAGGGCAACCGGUUCAUACUCAACAAUGACUUAUGAGUAGCGGAUGAGCAUUUUUAUUCUUUGUGUAUAAGUGUGGUUUUGUUGGUUUUAAAUUAACUUUAAGAAAGAGAAAACAUAUCAUAUAAAGGGAAAGAAAAAAUGGAAUUUACGACUACGAAACUGUGGCCGCCAGUUAGUUCUUUCCCACGCCGGUCAGCUCCUGGAUGCUCUUGAUCAGCAGUGCGUUGUAUUCCUUGUGGUUCACCGGUGCUGCACUAACGGCUGUCGUUUUGUUACGCGGCUGCUCACCAAAGUACUCCACCUUCGUGCGCAGCUUGAACACGAACGAUUUGAAGCUGAUCGCUGAGAACAGCUUUUCCGCUUCCUCCUUCUGGUAUUCGAGGCUACUACCAAUUUCCUGCGACGAUUUGCCCAGCAGCUCCUCGGCCAGCUCCGUAAACACCGUUAUCCAGCGAUUAGACGUCCAGUCACCGAUGAGCAUCUGAAUAAACGGUAGAGCAAAAGCGAGGGGAUUAUUAUUGUGUGAACGGAGGGACGCAUCAAUGGGUGACUUACAUUCACCAACAGCCGGUACUUGAAGUUCGGGAACUCGGCAUUACACUUCUCACACCGGUACUGUCCAUUCUCCUGGUCGAUCACCUUCUUGUUGCAUUCCGCCUGCGGGCAUGCUUUGUACACGGCGUUGGCCGACUUGAUCGUGUGUAUCAUUGCCUUCACCUGGAAGUAAUCGGGCUUAUCGCCGGCACCAAGAUUUCGGUC